UCCCGCCAGGCGCGCAUACCGCCCCCGCUGGCCCGCGCCAUGCUCCGCCCUGAACGGCACUCUUCCCGGAGCGGGGGUGCGCGGGGGGUGGGAGGGGGCCCCGCUCAGCCUGAUUUACGGCUCUGCUGAAAACCGCUUAGCUCCCGCAGCAGUAGCACCGUCGCGGCAGCAGCGGCAGCAGCUGCAGCAACAAGUCGGGGCUUGUAGAGUAAUGCAACAGAAGGCUUUUGAGGAAAGCAGGUACCCCUGGCAGGAGUCCUUUGAGAAUGUCGCCGUGUGCCUGCCAUUCCGCUGCCCAAGGUGUGGGGACCAUACCAGAUUUAGAAGCCUGUCCUCAUUGAGGGCCCAUCUGGAAUUUAGUCACAGCUACCAGGAAAGAACUCUCUUGACAAAAUGCAGCAUUUUUCCUUCCAUCAAAGACACAGACCUAGUCACUUCCUCAGAACCCCUGAAACAGGGAAAAUUGCAAAGCUGUGGCAACAUAGUGAAGCAGAGACCUAGCUAUGUUAACUUAUAUAGCAUUUCGCAUGAGCACUCCAAGGACAGGAAGCCAUUUGAGGUGGUGGCAGAGAGGCCUGUGUCCUACGUGCAGACCUACACUGCGGUGGACCUGCGUGCAGACUCACUGGAUGGGCCAAGGUCCAGCCCCGGACUUCCCACCUCAGACACCAAAGCAGCUUUUGAGGCACAUGUCAGAGAAAAGUUCAGUCGGAUGGUUGAGGCCGUGGAUAGGACCAUUGAGAAGAGAAUCGAUAAACUCACCAAAGAGCUGGCCCAGAAAACUGCUGAACUAUUGGAAGUUCGGGCGGCCUUUGUGCAACUGACUCAGAAGAAGCAGGAAGUUCAGAGACGGGAGCGGGCCCUGAAUAGACAGGUGGAUGUGGCUGUGGAGAUGAUCGCAGCACUGAGGCAGCGCCUGACGGAAUCUGAGGAGGAGCUUCUUAGGAAAGAAGAAGAAGUGGUGACAUUCAACCAUUUCCUUGAAGCAGCUGCUGAGAAGGAGGUUCAAGGGAAGGCUCGGCUCCAGGACUUUAUUGAGAACCUGCUGCACCGGGUGGAGAUGGCAGAAAAGCAGUUGGAGUACUAUCAUGGCCAGCACGCUGCUGGCCUCCACUGGGACACCAGUGAGCACGGGCUCACAGAUAUCGCCUCAAAUAGGAAACCCAAAUGCCUAAGCCGAGGGCACCCACAUUCUAUGUGUAACCACCCUGAUCUCAAGAUCCAUUUCCAUCCAAAGGGAAGGAGCUACCUGAAAAAAGCCAAGGAUGACAGAGCCAGCAUGCAGCCUGCCAAGUGCAUGCACGAACAGGCCGAGUCCCCAAGAGAUCUCUGCAGACCAGCAAAGAAAGGGGAGCCUCUUGGGUUUGGCCGGAAGGGCAACAUCAGGCCCAAAAUGGCCAAAAAAAAGCCAACAGCAAUUGUGAACAUCAUCUAAAAGGGUGGGUGACUCUGGAACACCAUCACAGGGCUUUGGGAAUACUGUUCUAGAGGCCAUCAAUAAUGUCCUUUUGGGAGUUUCCUGGUAUACAGCAGGUUAAGGAUCUGGCGUUGUUACUGCUGAGGCUCUGAUCACUGUCGUGGCAUGGGUUCAGUCCUUGACCUGGGAAUUUCCCAUGCUGCGGCCAAAAAAGGAAAAAAAGAAAAAAAAAUAGCUGGAAAAAAAUAAUAAUGCCUUUUGGACACAUCCCAUCAUAAAACAUAUUUCAUAUCCAUAUAAAAGCACCUGGAUUAACUAUAAUUAAAAAACAAGAAUCCUGGUGAACCAGAAUAUUUUAUAAGGCCCUUUUGGAAGAAAGAGGCAAAUUACAGGAGGAAUUUUAAAAAACGAAAGCAAUCUUAAACUUUUAGUAAAAUGAAGCUCCAGCAUCUAAAAUAAUUAGCUCAGUCUCCAGUAGUAUCCACAUCUAGGGUUCUGUGCAGUGGUCAUUAAUUCUCAGCCCCAAGGUCACCCAAGAUGUCAGGCACUAGGGGAAAAUGCACCUGCGCCCACUGCUUUCUGAAUUGUGUGGCAAGGAAUGGGAAUGUAAAGUUCUGUUAAUAUCAGUGAAAUAAAAACAUUUUUGUUUGCUUUUAAUUUUACCUCAAUUAACUUGGGAGCCUCCAAAAUAAGGCUUCUUGUUUCUCGGAGUAUCCUGGUUAGGAAGAUUUCAGUGUUUGGGUUGCUUCAGGGACUCCUUUUGAUGGACUAUAUUCCAGUUUAUUUGAGUAAGGUUUUUUGUUUCCCUGGAUGCAUGUUUAUCCCGAUUUGGGUGCGCCUCCACUCUCUUCUUUGGCUGAGUGUUCUCCACCCUAAGACCAGCUGCUAGCCUCUAUCUUAAUAGCUGCUUCUACUACUGUGGCUGGAGAGGACAGUAAAACCCUUUUGAUCAGCAGCCAUCAUCUUUUCAGGGUCUGAACAGUUGGAUACCAGUGGAUUGCACAUUUAGUGCCUGUGAGCCAUCCCGGAGACUGCAGAUGUUACUCAGCCCUUUCCUAAGACCUGCCUCCUGGGGAGUGUCAGCAGCCUCUCUGUUAGCUGUCCUAUAGAUAAUAGACUAUAUUCUCCUGGCUGGGCUGGGCCUAACUUUUCCAUCUCCUGCUGCUUUUGUGUCCUUUCAACAAAAACUUCUGUUCUUACCUUUCAAGCAAGUAUAUGAGGUAUUUGUUGUAGGCAGCCUUCUAAAGUAAUUUCUGAAAUGAAUAAUGCAUGUGGGAUCCAGAAUCUGAGGCUGUCCUCCCUCGCUGCCUCCCUAAAUGGCCUUUGUUUCUUUAAAGAACCAUCUGCUGCAAACCUCCUGCUUUACAGUUUUACUCAUGAAUGAAUUUUCAUGUUACUUUUUUUUUUAAUUUAGCAAUAUCAUCGGAUUUCCUGCACAGUUUACAGUGCUGACAUUCUUAUGGAAACAAGAGUAAUUACAUCCACAAAUAUAUACAUAUAUAUAAUAUAUGAAAUAUAUAUGUCAAGUAUUUAAUAAUUAUUUUAAAAUAUCCAUGAAAAAGGUGUGUGUUUGUAGUGGGUGAUUUUUAAACUAUAUAUGUUCAUGUAAAUUGAUUUUAAAAACUAAAGCUAUAACCUAAUUAACAUUAGUAGAAUUAUGAUUGUUAUUGCAAUAAGCAUCAGAUUAGCAGUGCAUUAAAAAUAGGUAACAAAACAAAUACUUACAAUGCCAGUAAAUUGAAAAGUGUAAUGUAUAUUAUACAAAUAUUUUGAACCUAUCAUAGUGAAAAUGUUGAUUUCUGAGUCUUUACUUUGCCUUUUGGCUCAUGGCAGUGGGCCAUUCACAUGGUGUAUAGGUAACUAUCAAGGGGGUAAAAACUGCUGUGAAUAUCACUAUUUAGGCUAACACUGUAAAAACUGUAAUGUUACAAUAAUUAUUUAUUUGGAGAAUUAACAUUCUCUAAGGUUAUUUAUUAUUAGUGUUUAUACCAUGAUUGCACUUUAACCUUUUACGUACUAAAAAAUUGACUCGUUCGUUGUAUUGCAUGCUCUUGGCCCCAUGAUGUGUGUGUGCAAUGACAACAGUUUGUUUUUAAAGGUUGUAUGAGCCA